AGUGAUGACGCAGCCGAGGGAGAGAGUGCGAGGAGGAGGAGGAGGAGGGGGAGGAGGGGGAGGAAAAAGAGGAGGAGGAGGGGUGAGGGAGGGGAGAGAGGAGAGGGUGUCCCGUCUGCGCGGAGCACAGACAGACAGCAGGGAACAGCUGCAGCGUUAGGUUCGCGUAGGAUUUCACUGCAUUGCGAUUUCAAAAUAUCAAUCAUUUCAUCCCCAAAACCCCGAGUACAGCAGCUCGACACAAAGCAACCAAACCUCGUUUAAAACAUGGUCGAUCGCGAGCAGCUGGUGCAGAAAGCCAGGCUGGCUGAACAGGCUGAGAGAUAUGAUGAUAUGGCAGCAGCUAUGAAAUCGGUAACAGAGCUGAACGAGGCCCUGUCCAACGAGGAGAGGAACCUCCUGUCUGUUGCCUACAAGAACGUGGUGGGGGCCCGUCGCUCCUCCUGGAGGGUGAUCUCCAGCAUUGAGCAGAAGACUUCGGCCGAUGGCAAUGAGAAGAAGAUUGAGAUGGUGCGUGCCUACCGGGAGAAGAUUGAGAAGGAGCUUGAGGCCGUGUGUCAGGAUGUGCUCAACCUUCUGGACAACUUCCUGAUCAAGAACUGCAGCGAGACGCAGCACGAGAGCAAAGUGUUCUACCUGAAGAUGAAGGGCGACUACUACCGGUACCUGGCUGAGGUGGCCACGGGGGAGAAGAGGGCCACGGUGGUGGAGUCGUCGGAGAAGGCCUACAACGAAGCCCAUGAGAUCAGCAAGGAGCACAUGCAGCCCACUCAUCCCAUCCGCCUGGGCUUAGCUCUCAACUACUCAGUGUUUUACUACGAGAUCCAGAACGCCCCGGAGCAGGCCUGUCAUCUGGCCAAGACCGCCUUCGACGACGCCAUCGCCGAGCUCGACACCCUCAACGAGGACUCCUACAAAGACUCCACUCUCAUCAUGCAGCUGCUCCGAGACAACUUGACACUGUGGACAAGUGACCAGCAGGAUGACGAGGGAGGGGAGGGCAACAACUAAAGAGAAACCACACUACAAAAAAUAUAUGAAGGGCCGGUGGACUUUGGCAGCCGCUUUUGCCGAUGAUACUACCGCAGCAGCAGUUCUUUAUUUUUCCAUGUGUUAAAAGAAAAGAAUCAAAAGAGAGGUGAGAGUGGAGGUUAAAUCUUAGUUUAAAUAUAUAUAGAAAUAUAUAUACAGUUGAAAGGGGCCUCCGUCUUCUUGAUUUUCUCUUUGACAUUUGCCAAAACCACUGAUAUGUCAGUCAAUCAGCCUGAAGUGGUUGUUGUUGGAUUGAAAUGGCAGCCUCACACUGGCAUAGGAACUGAUCUUGUUCUGUCAAGAUAAGCUGCUUAGUUAGGUUUUUGCGUGAUAAGAGAUGCAUUUGAGUCACUUGAGAGAGAAAAUGCUUGAAUGGGAAUGCCUCACAAAAACUAGUUUGCAUUGGUUCCAGUGGAAGUCUAAAAAUGAGAAAAGGGCCCAGAAAGCUAUUGAUCGUAAUCUCACACGAACAACGAGAAAGUUCUAACCAGAUUAGUUCCCCCCCUCCCAAAAUUAUAUAUAUAUAAAAAAAAUGUAGAGGAUGAAUUAUACUGGAGUUAAAAUGAGGUUGGAUUGAAAAAAAACACAGAUCCCCUACCUUCUGUCUAAAGUGUAUUUGGCAUCUCACAGAUUAGUCUGUUAUGUCACUGGAACCAUAGAUUCUUUUGGAGGUGAAGAUUAUAAAAGGCAGAGACUUAACGAUAUUAAACAAAACAAAAAAAGACAAAAAAAUAAAUAAAAGCAGCUUCAGAGUUUGUGGUUUACUUCUGUGUUUGUUUUAUUAAAUGCACUUGCCUACUAUACUGUUUCUUCAGUGUAAGAUGAUGACAACAAUAAUAUCGAUUAUUCAAUAUUGUGCAUGCUGGUGAUGUAUUUAUAUACAGUAGCUUGACUUUAUUAACUUAUACUGUGGGUGUUAAGUAUUCAUAUGAUUGAGAAAAACAGGCUUUGUCAGAUGUUGAUUUCUAAUUUCUAAUUUAUUUUUUGUUAUGGUUUUUGAUUUGCUAUACCAAAAUGGUGAUCGUAAAAAUUGACCUGAAAUGGGCGUUGCUAUAGUGACAUGCAAUAUGUGUAUUUAAUUUGUUAAUGAAAGAAAAAAAAGGAAGAUAAAAAACUCACCGGUGAUCACUUAAUCUUACCAGCUGGUGUUUGUCACAUUGAAGUAUGAUUAUGAUAUAUUUUGUUCUUUGAACAGUAUUUAAGUACUUUUUUUUCUGUCAUGCUAUCCAGUUUUAAUAAUGGUGAACUUUUCAGGCUCAAUGUUUCUGUUAUGAAGUCACAAACAUGGACCAUAUUUUAUUUCUGACAGUAUACAUUUCUGUUUGUUUGUUUGUUUUUAUACAUUUUAGCUGUUCCUGAGUGACAAAAUAUCUUGAAUGUGAGUCAUUAUGUAGCAGUUGCACAAGAACCGAAAUAAUAGCUAUGAUAAUAAAAAAGAAUAUGACUAAAUUAUACAUGCACCAUUUCCGUGGUGGUCUAGUGUAUUGUUGUAUCGUUACCCAUGAAAGAGGAUUUUGUUUUUAAGGGAAAAGCAUUUCACGGGACAAAAUGUUUGCUUUGUUUUGUGCUCGGAGUACAGUACGUGCUUUCUUUUGGUGCCUGUUUUAUUCUUUAAAAAAUGCCUCGUUUGCAAAUUAACCUUUACAACAAAAAAUAUCUGCCAGUAUUUGAAAAACCUACAAGCAUGUGUACAAGAUGUAAUGAUUAUCCUUCAAUGGCUCCUCACUUUUAUGUGUGUACUGCUCUUUGUACAGCACAUAGACAUGAAUAUUCAACACUCGUGCACAAGUAGAGUCAUAAGGGAAACAACUCACAAGAAUUGGUUGUUGAUUAAGGAGAAUUCACGUCUGCAGAACAAACUUUAGACACUACGAAGCUGCUUAAGAGCACACCAAGCUGCUGAACAGAUUUAACUUCAUACAUGUGCUGCUAGUUCUUCUAUAUAUAGAUUAUAACAUUAAUAUAUUCAUACAGAUGGCAGUUUUUAUGACUUUUAUUUUUCAUCUCACAUGUGAUGGCUUAAGAGAGAGAAAAACCAAAAGCCUUAAGGUCAGUCACACACAACCUCCUUCAUGUAUACCAAUUAUGUCACCGUCAUGAGUCAGCCUCCAUGAGCUCACACUGUAUGUCACAGCUGCUUUGAUUUAUUUUUAACGUGAUAUAAAGAUGGUGUUCCUGAAGGCUCGCAAGAAUAAAAAGCAUGAACUGCUGAUGCCACUUUGCACAGCUGCUCACACAGAUUAUAGAUAUUAGGAUGAGGUCGGAUCUACACUCUGAUUUAUUUAUUUAUUUAUGUGUUAAACUGAAUUUCUCUCACUUUUUCUUUGAAUAUUUUGAGAAAAAAAAGCCAUGUCAGGAGAUUUUCACUCAUUGCCAAGAAUACAUGCAUUGUGUUCCUUUUGAAUUAAUAUUAUUUUCACUGUGGUUUGUGUUUUUUAAGUUUUCACAGAUCUGGAUGUUGAUCCUAAACACAAAAAUACAAGAAACAAGGAGUAUAACGUUCGAUUUUAAAAAGGAAUUAGACGAAAGAAGAUCUGACCGACUGGAAAUUAGCAAGCGGGGGUGGGGAUAGCUGAAAAUGGUUUACAAUCUGUAUGCUCUGAGGAAUUUUUGUUGCCAUCUGUUGCCCAUUAAAGUUAUUUGUUUAUCGGUA